AGACCGACUAUCAGCAAAACUCAUUGAGUGCGAUACGCCCCUCUGCCCCAACGUCCGAUAUGUUGGGGACCAGUUUCAUUGCUGUGUCGGUUGUAACGUGACGCGCUGGAUAAUGUGCUUACACAUGUUCAGGUUUCAGCCGCUCGCUUCUGCGUUUCUCCGGUUUCCGGGCGGCAUACACUUUGGAGUUUGUGUGCUCUACGCGGUCACGAUCCAUGACUGCCAUGAGCGAAUUUUACCAUAUACGUCUCCAAAAAAGACCCCUAGAGUUUAAUGGCAUUCUAACGUGUACCGAGCACUGUGGACGCGUACGACGCGAUCCAGCUGAGCCAUAAGCUGACGCGUUCGCCCCACGUGACGCGUUAGUCACGGAAUCACGAGACGCGAUUAUCAGCGCGUUAUCAAGCUCCCCAAUUGCACGACUUCCUCUCCGGCUCGCAAGGAACCCGCGCGCCACCGGCACUGAGAUCCCCAUCCCUUCCUGAUCCUCCCUAAGUAUUCCCUCCCACCGAUCCUCGCGUGAUUCCGCGCCGGCGUCAUCAAUCUUUCAUCCACCUUCCACGCCCGCUCUCGAGGGAUCGCGUAUAUAAGCUUGACCCCUAUCGUUGAUUGCUACUAGUCGUUAUCGCUAUGCCCGCUCCCAAGGUUUCUGUUGGCGACGAGAUCCCCCAGGGCACGUUCAAGUACGUGCCGUACACCCCUGAGCUCGACGAUCAUGCUAUAUGCGGUGUCCCGACGACGCUCUCCACGGACGCCUGGAAGGGCAAGAAGGUUGUUCUCUUCGCCGUCCCCGGCGCUUUCACGCCCACCUGCCACAUCAACCACCUCCCGCCCUACCUCGAGAAGCACGACGAGUUCAAGGCCAAAGGCGUCGACGUGAUCGCCGUCGUCGCCGCCAACGACGCCUUCGUGAUGUCCGGCUGGGCGCGCGUCGAGGGCCUCAAGGACAAGAUCCUCGCGCUCUCGGACGCGAACGCGGAGUGGUCCGCCAAGCUCGGUCUCGACCAGGAUCUGUCCGCCGUCGGGUUCGGCACGCGCACAGGGCGGUAUGCGCUUAUUAUUGAUGAUCUGAAGAUCCAGUAUGUCGAGGUUGAGCAGGAGCGUGGUGUCACGGUUUCCGGUGCGGAUGCCGUGCUCGCGAAGCUCUAGAUCUGGGAGUCGUUAUCGUGUUGGGUUUUUGGCUGGGAUAGAUGCGAGUGUCCGUAUAUCGAAGCUCCACUCUCUGAAUACUGUAAAUCAUAAAGCAAUGUCAGGUCGUGUUGGAUAUCGUACCUUUGGCUGACGAAGCCCGAAAACAUAGUGCGAUCCUUCAUCC